AUGGCCACGCUGAGCAGAAAGGACAGCUACGGUGCUGGGGUUUACCUUCCAGAGGCUAACAAUGCUCUCUCGCCAGAGGAAACAGCCAUGGAGCAAGUCUGCCAGCUGGAAAAGAUAAAAUGCCUCCAAGGCUCCCGCUUAAACCAAGGCUCAGGCAAGUCCCAUGUCCCCUUGGCUCUUAAGGAAGAGCUGGUGUCUGCCUCUCAAUUGGAAGAAGAGGAACUGGAUCCAGAUUUAGCACCAGACGUGGAGGAGGAGGAAGUGGAGGAGGAGGAGGAGGAAGAGAAUGAUCUGGGGGACCCAGCUGUCCUCAGCGCUGUCCAUAACAGCCAGAAAGGGCUUCUCAGCUCCCUUGGAAUCAUGGCCCCUGGUGUGCUAGGGAUGUCCCCUGCCUCCUUGCACUUUCUGUGGCAGACCCUGGACCACCUGGCUCCCCUCCCCUCCCGGCCCGCCCGUCUCGGCGCCCGCUCUGCAGCCUGCCACUUUGGACCGCGACUGCCCGCGCCAGACGCAGCGCUCCUCUGCAGUCCGCCCGCCUCAUGGCCCCUGCGGCUCAGUCAUCUGACCCAGCUCCACCCUCAGCACCAGCAGAUCUUGAAGCAGCAGCAGCAGCAACAGGGUCGACCACAAAGUCCCCCAGCCAAGAAGUGGCCUCAGCAGCCAGACUCCUAUGCUAACCUCAUGACGCAGAAAGAGAAGGACUGGGUGGUAAAAGUGCAGAUGGUUCAGCUGCAGAGUGAGAACCCCCGCCUUGAUGACUAUUACUACCAGGAAUAUUAUCAGAAACUAGAGAAGAAGCAGGCAGAUGAAGAGCUGCUUGGGCGAAGAAGCAGGUUUGAGUCUCUCAAGCUGGUCACACCUUUUAUUCAGAAGGCGGAGGUUUAUGAAUCAGUGGUUCGAAUCGAGGGUUCCCUGGGCCAGGUAGCUGUGUCGACGUGUUUUACCCCUCGCCGAGCUAUUGAUGCUGUGCCCCACGGAACUCAAGAGCAGGAGACAGCAGCUGCAAGCAGUCAGAGGCUUUGGGUGCUGUACCGGAUUGAGAAGAUGUUCCUUCAGUUACUGGAGAUCGAGGAUGGCCAGCAGGAUGGGCCUGCACAGCCCCAUGACUCUGAGCAGCAGAGCAGCCGGGUUGAGAAGCUCUUCCAGGCCUUAAAGGCCCAGGGGCAGAAUAAUCUGGAGGCGGCGGAUGACGGCUUCCUGCAGGCGCUGUCCGUGGGGAAGGGGAAAGCCCUGGUGGCCCGGCUCCUCCCCUUCUUGCCCCGGGAACAAGCUGUCAGCUUGCUGCUGGCCAUCACCCGCCACCUGCCCUUCCUGGUCAAGAGGGACGUGGCCGAUCAGGCCCUGCAAAUGUUAUUUCAACCUCUGAGCAAAUGUAUCAGGCACUUGACCUUCCGUGAACUCCUCCAAGGACUUCAGGGACUCAUGCGGCUACCACCUGGCUCCUCUGAGCGGCCAAUCACUGUGGUGCUUCAGAAUCAGUUUGGCAUAUCUUUGCUCUAUGCCCUGCUGAGUCAUGGGGAGCAGCUGGUACCACUGAAUUCUUCCGUCAAGGAGCCCAGCAGUGACCAUUCAACUUGGACAGACGUGGUGGUCCUCACUGCCUGGGAGAUCGCUCAGAUGCCCACAGCCUCUCUGGCAGAGCCCCUGGCCUUCCCCGGCAACCUUCUCCCCCUGUUCUGUCACCACGUGGACAAGCGACUGGUGCAGAAGCUGGAGGCUAGGAUGGAGUGUGUGGCCAUGGACAUACACUCAUAG